CGUACUUCACAAUUGUCACUCGCAUCAGCAUGGCGUCCGAGACCGCAGCGCCGCACGUCGUGGACGAGUGCCGGGGCGUGCUGUUCGUGUACAGCAACGGCUCCGUGGUCCGCCGCUCGGGUCCCGGCUUCUCGACGCCGGUCCGGGACGACGGGUCCGUGGAGUGGAAAGACGCGACGUUCGACGAGGCCCACGGGCUGGGCCUCCGCCUGUAUCGGCCCCGGGAGCGCGGCGGGCGGAAGCUGCCGGUGUUCUUCUACUACCAUGGCGGCGGGUUCUGCAUCGGGUCCCGCGCCUGGCCCAACUGCCAGAACUACUGCCUCCGCCUCGCCGCGGACCUCGGCGCCGUCGUGGUGGCCCCGGACUACCGACUCGCGCCCGAGCACCGCCUCCCGGCCGCCAUCGAGGAUGGCGUGUCAGCGGUCCUGUGGCUGGCAGCGCAGGCGGGGGACGGCGGCGACCCGUGGGUCGCAGAGGCGGCCCACUUCGGGCGGGUCUUCAUCUCCGGCGACUCGGCCGGCGGCACAAUCGCGCACCACCUCGCCGUGCGCUUCGGCUCGGCGGCCGGGUGCGCCGAGCUCGCACCCGUCGCCGUCCGUGGCUACGUCCAGCUCAUGCCCUUCUUCGGCGGCGUGGCGCGCACGCGGUCGGAGGCGGAGUGCCCCGACGAGGCAUUCCUGAACCGGCCCCUCAACGACCGGUACUGGCGCCUGUCGCUGCCGGCGGGCGCCACGCCGGACCACCCGGUGGCGAACCCGUUCGGGCCGGGCGCGCCGGCGCUGGACGCCGUCGAGUUCGCGCCGACGCUGGUCGUGGUCGGGGGCCGCGACAUCCUCCGCGACCGGGCCGUGGACUACGCGGAGAGGCUGAGGGCGGCGGGGAAGGCCGUGGAGGCGAGGGAGUUCGAGGGGCAGCAGCACGGCUUCUUCACCAUUGAUCCAUGGUCUGACGCGUCCGCGGAGCUGAUGCGCGUCAUCAAGCGGUUCGUCGACACGGACGGCCGGUUCGACUGAACCGGCUAGCUAGCUGCGUGCUCCCGGUUCAGGACUCUCCGGAGCAUCGUGUUCAAAAAUCAUAGUCGAACUCUAGUAUUCAGCUAGAGAGAUGAUGGUGGUGGGAAAAUCCACGCAAAUAAUCCACACAAGACAAGUCGGUUCGUGAGUCGAAAUCAGUGCGUUU